AUUGCUUCACCCAGAAAACAACUGUCAUACAUAAGAGGAAGUAGAAUUGAAACAUGCAAUUGCAUAUUAAGUGCUAUGUGGAGAUAGCAAUCCAAAUGUAUUUACCAAUGUAAUGCAACUUCCUCAGAAUAGGAGGAAGACAAUUUUUGUAAACUAGGAAGUAGAAAUCCAGUCUUUCUUUGCACUGGGUUCGUUUUGUUCAGUUUCCUCAAUCUCUUCCAUGGCUCUUCAUCUCAGUAUUCUUCUCAUCAUCACUGGACUCACAGGAGUUCACAACACUGUAACCACCAUCAGUAAAGUGUCGGUUAAGGCUGGAGGUUCGAUCACCAUCCCAUGUCGCUAUGGCUCAAUGUACAGAGAAAACGUGAAGUACUUGUGUCAAGGUUACACGUUUUUCAACUGCAAUUAUGUAGUUCUAACAAACAAACCACAUUAUUCAGGAAAGGUUUUGAUCUCUGAUGACAAAUCCCAGAGAAUCUUCACUGUAACUAUUAAAGAUCUGAAGAACGCGGACGAAUAUUUCUGGUGUAGUGUGAAGAUAAUAGGAACAGAUGAUGGAUCGCGAUUUCAACUGUCACUCACCAAUGGUUUGCCUGAUCUUUAUGUGGAUCAUCAGGAUAUCAGUGGAUUCAUUGGAGAGAGUAUAACCAUCAGUUGUAACUACAGAAGAACUGAUGGAGAAAUUAAGUGGUGCAAAUUGGGCAGCAGCUGUGUGACAGGGCUGUCGGGAGCAAUAGAUGGAACAAGCGUAACCAUAGACUCCAGGGGCCUCGAUGUUUUCCAUGUGUCUAUGAGCGGACUGUCAACAGAAAGCAUCGGCUGGUAUUUCUGCGUUAAAGGAGACUUAGAGAUGCCAGUGCAUGUCAAUGUUACUGAGAAACCCACCACUACCACUCUUGCAACAACCAUAUCGAACACCACUGGAGACAAAACAAAGCACAGCACUUCAAUAGACCUAAAGAGCCUCAUCAUCACUCUGAGUUUGUUGAUCGUCAUUGUGCUGGUGACCUCGUGCGUCUGGUUUAUGUUGAGAAAGCACAAGCAAAACAAGCCAGAAUCAUCAGCAAUCACAAUGGCUGAAGCGGAUGCAACGUACUGCAAUGUUAAACCCAAAAUGAAAACUUCAGCGAAGUGUGAAGAGGAAGUGCUGUACUCGACUGUUGUGUUCCCAUCAUCAGACCAGAGGCCAUGUGCUGAAACUGACGUGGACGUGUUGUACAGUUCGGUGGUUACCAUUAAAGACAAAAGAGUAAAACGGGCUGAAGCGCAAGAUAUAGAUGUUUCAUACUUUGGCUCUGACCGGCCAAAAUACUUGAACGGUUCUGUAUCUGUAAAUCACUAUUAAUGGGGUUUUUCCAGGAUAUACUGCAGCAAUUAGUUUUAAACUGGUAUUGCUUUGUUGUGCUGUAGUUUCUUUCUACUUUUUUCUACCAUUCACUGACUAGAAAACAUAAAGAAGCAUUGGCCUGUUUGUUUGAUAAAUGGUAUAAAUAAAAAAUUUGCAUUUCCAGGGGAUGAGAUCAUGUUCAUAGUCUAUUUCACAACAACCUCAUACUGGGAACAUACAUUCAGGAUUUUUGAAACUUUCCAAUUCG